AUGUCCCACAAACACGGGCGCCCAUCCUAUUUCAUCAUCUUCACCGUCUACGUGUCUUUCUUUUACAACAAAAGGGCCGGUUCGACUAUAUCUGGGUUUGUCAAGAGGUUUCCUCAUGGCGCCCGUGAGAUAGAGAUCAUCUUCACAAUUGUCUCCAAAAUUGGUACUACCACCGCGAUGAGCGGUAUCUACGCAACCAACAAGCCGAGAUGUCCCAACGUCGGGGCGCUCACACCUGAAUACCAUCAAAGCGUGUUUUGA